AUUGUUCUUAAUUUACUCACUAUUUUUCUCUCUUGUUCACUUGUCUCUUACACUUAUCUCUCCAGGGAGAAACAAUGGCCGUGGCAGGGCCACGACGAAUGUUGUGGGCGGUUGAAAUGGCAGUGUUAGUGAUGAUCGGGCUGCUGGCUAUGGCAUCGCCCACCAUGCAAGUCAGCAUGAAAAACCCUCUGCGAGAAGCAGUCCAGAAGAUCAGUGAAAAAACAACAGUUUUCGCGAUCAUUGUGACUGCCAAUUCCUCUGAGAAGGCAUUUAAUGAGUCUGGCAUCUUCAAUCCUAUUUCAUCUACUGUAUACAAAGGGAGAAUAUUCUUGCUUGGAACGAUUCAAGGAUCAAAAUUUGUCUUCGUUAAUAGUCCAUCUUUUCCGACGAUUAACGUGGCCAUAACUGUGGAAAUCCUGGCCGAUAAAUUUGAUCUUCUUGGAAUUAUCUAUUUUGGGAGUGCUGCAGCCCUUAAUGAUUCAUUGAGCAUCGGCACUGUUGCUUUACCCAGCCUAAUUGGCGCCACAGGACUUUGGAAAUGGCAGCCUCACGGUGCACUAAAGGAAGGUCAGCUAAAUUUCGGAGAGUUUAAUUAUCCAAAGAAAGGAGAAAAUUUGCUAGGAAGUGUACAGUAUGAAAAAUCAAAGGUGUACAUAAAUGGGACAUUCAAAGAAAGUAUUUGGAUUGGCGUUACUCCAGAAUGGCAACAGAUUGCAGAUGAGAUUGAGGUCGACUCGGUUCAAGUUGUUCAUGGAUUGAGCAUCUCCAGUGCAAAAGCAUCCGUGAACAAUGAAGCAUACAAAAACUUCCUUUACAACACUUUUAAGACCUCAGUUGUGGAUACAUCAAGCGUUGCUGUGGCAUUGGGAGCUCAUACAAACGAACUGCCAUUUAUUUUGUUCAAUGGAGUUUCAAAUUACGCAGAUGGAUCAGAUGUGAGCAACAAUUCUCUGGCCAACGCAAAUGCAGUGAAAGUAUUGAACAACUUCAUUUAUCUGCUACUUAUCGGGUCUCCCGCUGCUUCUUAUGAUGAUUGAGUGAAAUCAAAUAAUUAUGUUGAUUAAUUAAAUAUUAUGUGUUAUGAAGUAGCAAUUAAAAAAAAAAAGUUUAUUUAA